AUGGAGCAGUACGAAGUACUAGAACAGAUAGGAAAGGGAUCAUUUGGCUCUGCUCUUCUUGUGAGGCACAGGCAUGAAAAGAAGAAGUAUGUGUUGAAGAAGAUCCGCCUUGCUCGUCAAACUGAUAGAUCACGGCGAUCAGCUCAUCAAGAGAUGGAGCUGAUUUCUAGAAUACGAAAUCCUUUCAUUGUAGAGUACAAAGACUCCUGGGUUGAAAAGGGUUGCUAUGUAUGCAUUAUCAUAGGUUAUUGUGAAGGAGGAGACAUGGCUGACGCUAUAAAGAAAGCCAAUGGUGUUCUUUUCUCUGAAGAGAGACUAUGCAAGUGGAUUGUUCAACUUCUCAUGGCGCUUGACUACUUGCACAUGAAUCACAUUCUCCAUCGCGAUGUCAAGUGUUCCAAUAUAUUUUUGACAAAAGAUCAAGACAUUCGUCUAGGUGACUUCGGACUUGCCAAGAUUUUGACCUCGGAUGACCUGGCUUCAUCUGUUGUGGGAACUCCAAGUUAUAUGUGCCCCGAGCUUCUCGCUGAUAUACCUUAUGGUUCAAAGUCUGAUAUUUGGUCUCUAGGUUGCUGUAUAUAUGAAAUGAGCUCUCAUAAGGCUGCAUUCAGAGCAUUUGAUAUGCAAGCCCUGAUUAACAAAAUAAACAAGUCGAUCGUUUCUCCACUUCCAACCAAAUACUCCGGUGCUUUUCGAAGUCUUGUCAAAAGCAUGUUGCGGAAGAACCCAGAACUGCGACCAACGGCUGCAGACCUGCUGAGGCAUCCACAUCUUCGACCAUAUGUCCACAAGAUCCAUGUGAAGAUCAACAGCCCCAGAGGUGAUACAUUGCCCUACCAAUGGCCCGACAACAACUACAUGAAGACGAGAUUCUUGGACACUGUAAUGGCUCCCAACACUUACUCUGAGAAACGGCAUUCUUACUGCAACAACAGGAUGUUGAACCCCAGCAUAUCAGCAACAGACCAAGACUCUGUUUAUUCCACCAAAGGAAUCCAUGAUAUGCCAAGUUACUUGAACCGGAGGAUGUCGGACAUCUCUCUCGCGAGCAGCCGUGCAACGGUGAUCUGUAAGCCCAUCAUUUCGAAGCCUUCGAGUGUCACCAAAGCUCGGAAGGUCGCUGCUGCUUCCAGAGCUUCUGCUGCUCCUAAGAGACAACCGGAUCAUGCGAGGAAACGAGAAUCGUUCCCUGUCGCAUCCACACAGACCAAAAACUCGAUCGUAACAAGCCGCAGAGCAUCUCUGCCGAUGGUAACGAAAGCUACCACUACCCGACAAGAUCCUGCUUGCCGGUCCAACGUCGGCAUCCUCCAAAGCUUGAAAUCUCCAGACGUCUCCGUCAAUGCUCCCAGGAUCGACAGGAUAGCAGAAUUCCCAUUGGCUCCAUACGAAGAGUCGACAUUCUUCCCCGCCCAAAGAACUUCGUCGACUUCUGCACAAGGUUCUUGCGGCUCGCCACCUCGAUGUUCGAUCACCAAGGACAAAUGCACGACGGUCUCCAACUACUCUGCUGCAGCCAAGCAGCCUCCCACCGGCUUGGCCGAUGCAUGGCAAGGCAUCCACUUCAGCAUGUUCGGCAAGCAGAAACAGCAGGGAGUGGAUCAUGAAGACGACCGCGGGAGCAAUAACUCCUCGUUGUCCAACCAGAACGCGACAGCUGGAGGAGCAUCUAGCCGGACUUCGUCAGAAACCAGACGGCGAAGGUUCGACACUUCGUCAUACAGGCAGCGCGCUGAGGCCCUGGAAGGGUUGCUCGAGUUCAGCGCCAGGCUGUUGAAUGAUGAGAGGUACGAUGAGCUUGGCGUGCUGCUGAAGCCGUUUGGGCCGGGCAAGGUUUCUCCCAGAGAGACUGCUAUUUGGCUCACCAAGAGUAUCAAGGAGAAUACUACUGCCAAAGUUGAAGAUUUAUGA